AAUAAGCAGGGAUUAAGAAAUGUGGGUCCUAGUGUUGCUACUGAGUGACUGUAACAUUAAGUCUAAUGGCACUGUGAUUCAAGCAUUAGAGUAGCUCACUAUCUACCGAGAGCAUUCAGGGAUAAAUGACCCGUUCCAAACUUCAGUGGAACAGCACCUGCAGGAUUGUCCCGGCGAGCGUAGACGUUCACUGUGUUUGUGCUUUCGCUUCCCUGCAAGUAAAACAAACGCAGUGAAACUUGCUGCUCUGUGUAUCUCACUUCUUUUUUUCUCCCAGAGUCAGCACAAAGAUCUGUAACAGCAGCAGAAAAAUGGCUGUUGAUAACAGGCUUUGUGCUUUGCUGCACGCACACUACAGAAGUGAUGUACCACACACAGAUGGAAUCGCUAAAUUACACAACUGCUGACGUGCAACCAACAACUACCUGCUUCUGUUUCCUCCUAUUAAAAUGUCACUAUUCAAAGGGAGGCGUUAACAGCAGACUCAAAUUGUGGUGUAAUAAAGAGGAAACUAUUUGUCAAUGGAAAAUUAGUCAGUAUAAGCUUUUAAUGAUAGAAUACUGCAUGAUGACCUUUGGAUGACUUAGACUGUUGUUUUGAUUCACUGUGACCCGUUAUCAUGCAGGGACGGAGCAGUUCCUGCUAGUGAUAGAUAAGAGCUUAACAAGCAGUUUCACUUUGUACCAGGAAGAGGAACCUCUCCCGGCGCACACACAUGUACACAUCCACAUUCCAAUGUAAUGAACAAACGCACCUACUGUUGUAUAUAAAUAAAGACCAGGGCAGUGGCAGAGUGCGAGUCUCUGUGACUGCCCAUGUCAGCAAGUAAAACUGUGUGUUUCUCCUCUCUGAUUCUCAGCUGAAGAAGUGUCUCUAUUAGUGUCUCUUGACACUAUUCAACAGAGACACAAACCACACAUCAACUGUAAAAGACGAACAUGGCCAGCAAAUACAAGCGACUCGGGUCAGAGGAACCACAAAAGAAAGAGAUAACAGAGAAACCAGACCUCAGGAUGGUGCUUCUUGGAACAACUGGAUCUGGAAAAAGUGCAUCAGGAAACACCAUCUUAGGAAGAGAGGAUGCUUUUGAAUCUAAACUAUCUCCGAACUCGGUAACUUCAGAGUGUCAGAAGGAAAUGGGAGAGUUUGAAGGUCAAAAACUGUCUGUGGUCGAUACUCCAGGUGUGUUUGAUAAUGUUCAAACUGAAGAGGAGAUAAAGACAGAGAUCAGGAGAUCCAUCUCCUUUGCUGCUCCUGGUCCUCAUGUGUUCCUGGUUGUGAUCUGUGUGGACAGAUUCACAGAGAAAGAACGAGAAACACUGAGAAUCCUUCAGCAGAUGUUUGGAGUCCACUUAGGAGGAUACACCAUGGCCUUGUUCACACGUGGAGAUGACCUGGAGCGUGGGGGAGUCACCAUAGGAAAUUUCAUCAGGGAAGAUCCAGCUCUUUAUGACUUCAUCCGUCAGUGUGGUGGAGGAUAUCAAGCUUUUAACAACAUAAGCAGAGAUCGCUCUCAGGUCAGAGAGCUGCUGGAGAAGAUCAACACCAUGGUUCAGAGAAACGGAGGAAGCUGCUACACCAACGAGAUGUUCAUACAGGCUGAGGAGGCCAUGAGACAAGCAGAAGCAGACCUCAGGAUUGUUGUUGUUGGGAAAACUGGAGCUGGGAAGAGUUCAUCAGGAAACACCAUCCUGGGAGGAAAAGCCUUUAAAACCGCAUCAGCUUCAUCUCCUGCCUCGGUGACAUCAGAGUGUCAGCAGGAAGCAGCCAUGUUUGAUUUUCAGACCCUGGCUGUAGUUGAUACUCCAGGCCUGUUUCACACCGUGUUCACCUUAGGCCAGGUGAACACGGAGAUCAACAGAUGCCUCUCAUUGGCUGCUCCUGGUCCUCAUGUGUUCCUGGUUGUGAUCCAGCCAAGCAUAUUUAUAGAUGAAGAAGGAGAAACAGUGAGAAUCCUUCAGGAGGUGUUUGGAGACAAAGCAACUCGUUACACCAUGGCGUUGUUCACACAUGUAGAUGAUCUGAAUGUCUCCAUAGAAGAAUUCAUCAUGAAAACUCCAGCUCUCCGUGACUUAGUCCGUCAGUGUGGUGGAGGAUAUCAUGUUUUUAACAACAGAAGCAGAGAUCCUGCUCAGGUCAGAGAGCUGCUCGAGAAGGUCAACAUAAUGGUUCAGGGAAACGGAGGAAGCUGCUACACCAACAGGAUGUUUGAGAAGGCAGAGAAUGCUAUAACCAAAGAGAUGGAGCAACUUCAGAAGAACAGGCCUGGGCUAGUGGCCACUGAAGCAAGAUAUGAAGCACAAAGAAACAACGAGUUUAUUCGGGGCAGCUGGGUUGGUGCUGUUGCUGGAGCUGUUGCUGGAGCUGCUGCUGGAGUCGGUGCUGGAGUCGGUACUGCGAUUGGCACCGAGAUUACUGUUGGAGCUAUCGUGGGAGCUGCAGCUGGUCCAGUGGGACUGUUGGUGGGAGCUGCACUGGGUCUGGCAGCAGGAGCUGCAGUGGGAGCUGGAGUGGGUCGUACUACUGCUGCUAAAGUCAGGAAGCAGGCGUGUAUUACACAGUGAUGAAUAAUCACUCAGCAGCAGCUCGUUCAAGUCACACCAUCAACACAAUAUUCACCAGUCUUUAUCAGUAUUAUCAUUUUUAUUAUCCUAUUUGAUUUUCAUUGAAUUAAAACUAAUUCUUAAUUAUUAUUGAUCAUGUUAGUUUGGGGACAUCCUUGAAUCUCAGCUGAUGUGAAGCGCCUUGAGGCGACUUUUGUUGUGAUUUGGCGCUAUAUAAAUAAAAUUGAAUUGAAUUGAA